AAUAUUAGAUCACAGUCUCACACCAACCUGUAACGUGUAGUCGCCUCCAAGGUUCCAAACUCCAAUUUCCAAAAAAGUCAAAAAGCACUCGAUUCGCGAUCGGCCAUGGCGGUUCGCCGAGCGCAAACGACGUCGUUUGCGACCAUCACUCUGAUCCUGAUGGUUCUGGUCUCCAUCGACGCUGCGAGCGACAACAACGGCCAGUACUCGCCGUGCGGUGACACGACGGUGGCUCGCUCCGACGGGUUCUCCUUGGGGCUCGCUUUCGCUGGGAAAACCUCUUUCUACUUCAACACAACACAACAGCUCUCUCCCUGCGAUAGCAGACUCCGCCUCUCCUCUUCCAGCUCUCUGUUUGCUCUCUUCAGACCCAAGGUCGACGAGAUCUCACUCCUCACCGUUAACUCUACCACCUCUCUGGAAACUUAUGGGUAUAUGGUUGCAUUUGCUGGACGGAAAUAUGCUGCAAGGUCCACUCCUGCUUUUGUUGCGAAUAAUACAUAUAUUGUAACCAGCUUUACCCUUGCACUCGAGUUUCAGAAGGGCAGGCUGCAAAACUUUUAUUGGAAAAGGGAUGGUUGCACUAAAUGUUCUGGAAGCUCAAACUUUGUCUGUCUCAACAAUCAGGAUUGUGCAAUCAAAACAUCCAGCUGCAAGAACAAUGGAGGCACUGUAGAUUGCAGUCUCGGUAUACAAUUGGCAUUCUCUGGUACAGAUAAGCACCUUCAAGCUCUCAACUCUUGGUAUGAAGUGGCAAAUCUUCGUCAGUACUCACUUUAUGGAGUUUACUCAAAUCUCAAGGAUUCUCUCACUAACCAGUAUAACAGCUUCUUCUAACUGCGUUUUAGCUGGUUUGUAGAAAUUUCCUGCUGCUAUGUUGUAAUUCAUUGUACUGUUAAAUUGUAGACGAACUUUUACCCUUUUUUACCAUGCGGAUUUGCUGCCUCCCCUGAUAAGAAUCUUUUGGGUUAAUGGUGUAUAGACUUGUGUACUUGACAAUUAUUUGUGAUUAUAGAAGGAGAACAGAAUUACACAUAAACUCUUCCUUGUUCA